CCGAGCCGAGCCGAGCCGAGCCGAGCCGAGCCGAGCCGAGCCGAGCCGAGCCGAGCCGAGCCGAGCCGAGCCGAGCCGAGCCGAGCCGAGCCGAGCCGACUCUACGCGGGGAAGCCAAGCCGGGCUGUCGCGUUCUUUUCCCGGCCCUCAGGCGAGGAAGGCACCUGAAGGGGCAGCGGCUCCCAGAGGGGCGGGAGGAGACUGAACGGAAGGUUCCGCAGACAAAAAAUGUGUAGGAAGUUCUUGCUUGUUCUGAUUCUGCCCUGGGAAAUGAAGCCUUUGAGGGAGGCUUUCAAGAGGAAGAUCUAAUAAAUUGCUUGGAAGUUGAUACAAGCUUCUCUAGGAAAAAGAGUGGGGCCUGGAAAGCCUGUGAUAGAGAACAGCUCUAUUCAGAUACUUGCAUUAAAUCUCAGACGUGCUUUCCUGCCAGGUGCUGCGGUGCAGAAGAUUAACAGACAUGUCCAUAGCACUCAAACAAGUCUUUAAUAAAGAUAAGACUUUCCGCCCAAAACGCAAGUUUGAACCUGGAACCCAGAGGUUUGAACUUCACAAACGAGCACAGGCAUCUCUCAACUCAGGCGUGGACUUGAAAGCAGCUGUGCAGUUGCCCAGUGGAGAAGACCAGAAUGACUGGGUGGCUGUUCAUGUUGUCGACUUCUUCAAUAGGAUCAACCUCAUUUAUGGGACUAUCUGUGAGUUCUGCACAGAGAGGACCUGCCCAGUGAUGUCUGGAGGCCCCAAGUAUGAGUAUCGGUGGCAGGAUGACUUGAAGUACAAGAAGCCCACAGCAUUGCCAGCGCCCCAAUAUAUGAAUCUUCUCAUGGACUGGAUCGAGGUGCAAAUCAACAAUGAGGAUAUAUUUCCCACAAGUGUAGGUGUUCCCUUUCCAAAGAACUUUCUGCAGAUCUGCAAGAAGAUACUCUGUCGGCUUUUUCGGGUGUUCGUUCAUGUCUACAUCCAUCACUUCGACCGUAUCAUCCUUAUGGGGGCUGAGGCCCAUGUCAACACCUGUUACAAGCAUUUUUAUUAUUUUGUGACAGAGCUCAACCUCAUAGACCGCAAAGAACUGGAGCCUUUGAAAGAGAUGACAACCAGGAUGUGUCACUAAAAACUACCCACUGAACAAAAGCAAAGUCCAAUUUCCUUCUGAUUGCAGAGUUCAAGAAUACGACAGCCCUCAUGAACUGAGCCUGCUUGUUAAUCCCUGAAAGCAGGAAAGUUGGGAGCCACAAAAUUACUGUCACAAAUGCUUCUCUCCAGUGUCAAUGUUGUUAACCCUAAAUAUGCUGCUAGGAGCCUCAUCUGAGCAACAUGGAUUAGUGAGAAAAAGAAGAAUUGUAUCAGUUCUAACUCCUUUAUCAGGGAUAAGAACCUCUUCAGCCACAAACAGUGGCAGACAGUGCCCUUCUGCAAAAGCUUUACUGAAAUUCAGGUCCUUGGGCUGACCUCCAGACUAGUUGUUUUGAAAUUAAAUCUGCAAUUUUGCUUUCUUUUUA